GAAUGUGAGGGGAAAUAAAAAAGCAGGUAAAAUGUCAACAGCGUCAAUAAGAACAGGCGUCGUUCAGUACGGGCGGAGGAAAGGCUCGAGUAAACAAGCUGUGAGUUCGGAGGUGGAGAAAACCGAAGCAGAUCUUCGUCAAGUAGUAAUUUUAUCCAAAUCGGAAUGGCAGCGCCUGCAGGACAGUGUGAGCGCGGUGGAUCAACGCAACAGGAGUGUGAUUGCAGCGGCCGGCCAGCGGGAGGCGCUGCGCAUGCGCUCUAAAGAGCUCGUCAAACACUGGGCCAACACCAUCGCUGUACGUAACGUCACGCGCUGUCGUUUCUUGAAAUACCAGGCCCAGAUACGAAAGGAGGCCAUUGAGAAAGCAAAAACCCAGCAGUACUACCAGACCGACAGAGUGAAAGGCUUCCAUAGCGCUCUGUUGCUGGCAGAGGUUCUGAAGGAAAGAGAGGCUCAGAUCGAGUUAAAACGCAUGACGCAAAAGGCCAGCAAGGACAUAGACAGAGAUAUCGUGGCUGAAAUGGCUUGCAGAGAAGAACAGGCCCUCCAGCAGGAGCAACAGAAUGCCAUACAGAGGAAACAAGACCAGCUGGCCACCGCUGAGAGCUUGAAACAACAGAUAAAAGAUCAUGAAAUGAAGAAAGAGCAGGAGAGGCAGGAGGUCAAACGUGAGGCUGAAGAAAUUGAGCGACUCAGAGAUCUUCAUCUGUGGGAACAGUCCAUGAAUGAGUGCAAGAAACAGGAAGAGAAGAGAAGCGUGAUGAAGGCACAUCACGAUUAUUUGACCAACAAAGAGCUGAUGAAAGCAACAGAGGCUCAGAGGCAGGAGGAGGAGGAGGAGAAACAGAAGCUGCUCGCCAAACAUAAAGAAAAAAUCAUGAAAAUGAGGAAAGAGAAGCAGGAGGAACUAUUUAGAGAGCUCCAGAGACACAGAGAGACUAUUAUACAGAAGCUAGCAGUACAGAAGCAGCAACAAGUCAGCAAUGAGGAAGAGAUCACUGCGAAAGCGGUCGCUGAACGUGAGGCCAAACAGGUCCGAGAACAGCGUGAGAAAGAAGAAAAACAUGCAGCCAUGUUGAACUCCAUCACUGCACACAGGGAGUCCAUGAGGAAAGAGCAGGAACGAAAGGCAGAGGAAGAGAAACAGAAAGCCCUGGAGAUGCUGAAUGCAAAGAAGGAAGCGGAUAAAAUCUUCAUGGAAAAGCAAGAACUUCAAGCUCAAAAAGCUAGAGAAGAAGGCAAAACACUACAGGACAGCUAUAUACAAAAAAUG